AUGUUUCACGGCGACGGGAAGCGCGAAUACGUCCACAAGGUCUACAAGGUCAAGGUCACCGAGGAUUACCUGACCGAGGACUCCCAGCUCAAGAGACGUGGAAAGGACCAGUGCCCGACGAACUACGCUUUGUGUGCAGCAUCCCUGGGAGGUGACUGCUGUCCAAACAACUAUUCUUGCGCAAAGGACUCAUGCUAUGCUACGACCGCCGCCGUUUCGACUUGUGCUGGACAGGCGUCAUACUACGCGUGCCCCUUUGAUGUCGGUGGAGGCUGCUGUCCUCAAGGUCUCGUGUGCGGAGCUGGGCAAGCAUGCAACCCGCCUGCUGGUGCCACUUACUCACAGACAUGCGGGACUGGGUACACUCUUUGCCCAUCAUCUGUCAACUAUGGUUGCUGCCAAAGUGGUAUGGUUUGCGGUUCGUCGGCAUGCUUCAACCUCUCGCCCUCGACCAGUGUCACCGUCUUCACAACAACUCAAGACGGCUCAGCAACGACAGUUACCUCCACUUCGGUGUUCACGCCAACCGCCGACUCAUCUGGCACCGCUGACGGGGCUGUUGCCAAGAUUUAUCCAUCGACCUACCCGAAACAGGCCGCUACAGAGGGCGACGACUCGUCCGGCGGGGGUGCUAGUAGUGGUCUUUCAAAGGGCGCGAUUGGCGGUAUCGUCGGCGGCGCAGCAGCCCUACUACUCAUUUUCCUAGCCGUCGCGAUCUUCAUUGUCAAGCGCCUGAAGCGAACCGAGCGUGCGGUGCAGUCCCGUCGGGAAACAACAUCCGGCUCUGGAACCCGUCAGACCACGGAGAAGAAGUCAGCAACACAGGUCAGCAUCACGCGUAUUCAGCCAACACCGUCAGAGGUUGAUGCAUUGGACUGCGACCCCCUGAUGAUGUCCUCGAGUGUUGCGUCACCCAGAGGACAACAACAGCAUCUACAAGGAAACGGCAGAUCACGGAGCGGCUCCGACGCACCGAGCCAGCCAAGUGGAUAUAGUAGCUCGGCUGCUGGACUGAGGUGGAACACGCCGAGCGUUGACUCUGACGGCGGUGAUAGCAAUUCCAGAGAAUACUUCACACUUCCUCCCAGGGUACAUAAUCAGCCCGGGGGUCGCGACGGAAGACGGAUCAGCGAGGCUUCAUCUCAAUACAGCUAUCAUCACUUCGCAUACGCCCGCCAUGGUCGUAACUAUAGCAACGCCAGCGAGCUGUCUGCCGGGAGCGAUGAGGUCGGUUCCCAGCGUGGUAUCGGGUCACCGCUCAUGGGGCCCACUACGGCUGAGUUGAGUAGUGAUGGGGGCUUCGUCCCCGAGUUACCGGGUUCCGACACCGAGACGGAGAGCAACGGGCCUCACGGAGCGAACGGUCGUCGGCCUCCUCACCAGUCGCGGAAGCGUUCCACUAGUGUCGUGUCGCCGAUGUCGACCACCGCAGUCAACAAACCGCCACUGACCCAUGCGAAUCUCGCACGUCGAAGAGGGAGCAGUUCAGUCAGCCCUAUGGACGCACAGAAUGGGAGUGGCGGAAGGGGCAGGAGUGACAGCUCGGUGGCGCCUGAUCAACGACUUGGCAGCAUUGAUGAGUCGGCCACUACUUCUGCCCCGACCACGAAUUCCAUGCAUGGCUACUUUGGAUCACCAACAACAGCAGUGGGACAGACAGCCGUCGGCACAAAGGCCAACUUUAGCUCACCACCAUUACCUGGGUUUGUGUCUCUUGGACCUCCGCAAGGGAACCAGACUGAAGAGAGCCAUGGGGACGAAAGAUUUGACGAGAAACAGUACCAGUAA